UAUAAUCGCUUUUUCUAUGAUAAAACUGGUACCCCUCUUCAGGAGAACUGGUCUCAAUUUAUUAUUAUGCAACCACAAGGAUCUCUUCUUUCUCAGGGUGUAUAAGCUGCUGGAUUGCUUUUCGCCCAAAUCAAUGUGGUUUCUUUGGAACAUUUUCAGCAAAGGAUCGCAUAUGCUGCAGUGUCUUUGUGGCAAGAGUCUUAAGAAAAACAAGAACCAAACUGAUCCCCAGCUCAAGGGUAUAGUGACCAGGUUAUAUUGCAGGCAAGGCUACUACUUGCAAAUGCACCCCGAUGGAAGUCUCGAUGGAACCAAGGAUGACAGCAGUAAUUCUACUUUAUUCAACCUUAUACCAGUGGGACUUCGAGUUGUUGCUAUCCAGGGUGUAAAGACUGGGUUGUAUAUAGCCCUAAAUGGAGAAGGCUUCCUCUACACAUCAGAACUUUUUACACCAGAGUGCAAAUUCAAGGAGUCUGUUUUUGAAAAUUAUUAUGUAAUCUACUCAUCCAUGCUCUACAGACAACAGGAGUCCGGGAGGGCCUGGUUCUUGGGGCUGAACAAAGAAGGGCAGGUCAUGAAAGGAAACAGAGUGAAGAAAACAAAACCAGCAGCUCAUUUUCUACCCAAGCCAUUGGAAGUUGCCAUGUAUCGAGAACCAUCUUUGCAUGAUAUUGGAGAAACAGUGCCAAAGGCUGGGGUAACUCCAAGUAAAAGCACAAGUGCAUCUGCAAUAAUGAAUGGCGGCAAACCAGUUAACAAGAGUAAGACGACAUAGCCAGAUCCUCACAGGUGUUGUGACUUACUGAGUCCUGAGUACAGUUGAGCCAUUUAUCCUUGCCAGACUUCCCCGCUGCAGUGUCUGUGGAUCAGCUUGCGGCAAGUCACAGACUUGCCCAUUGCUGUUUCUGAACUGAGUUGUUGCAAGUGGAUAAAUCUCAACAUGUAGCUCCACCCACAACAAGAAGACACCUGGAUGAACCAGCUAAACUCAGACCAUGGAAUGCCCUACCAGAUAUUGGAAUGCCUUUUUAAUAUCUUUUCUGUGACUGUGACACUUCAUGUGAAUGACAUACUUCACAAGUACACUUGAUACCUUGCCUGCUGACAAUUGCCCAUAAUCCCUUUUUGAGUCCAGUUUCAGCAAAAUCCAUGUGUUUAAGUUCUAUUUUGUAGCACACAAAUAAUCAAGUAAUUUCUAGUUAGAUGCUGUAAACCUGUGCUAUUAUGGAUUUCUCUUCCCUUUUUUAUAAGGCUGCUCGCUCCACUGUCUGUGACCUUUUGCAGGGAUUGUGUUUCUCUAUAACUUAAGUGUUGCCGGUGGCUUAGUUUUGAAAGCAAUCAGGGAAUCAGGAAGCCUUCAAAAAUCUAUUAUUCCAAAUUAUAUCUAUAAAGAAUAGGAUUGAUGUCUCUGGCUUACAAUAUUGAUUAAACGUGAAUACUCUUUAGAGCAGAUACUGUGCUUCUGAGGUUGGCAUUAUAGUGGAGGGAAGAGUGUCAAACACAACCAACAGGAAGUUUUCUGAAACAAGUGUUUGGCAUCCCCCUUUAGUUUCUUUUUGUGUGUGUGUUUUAUACAUAUCACAGGCUUACUGGUAAUGGUAACAUUUGCCUUGCCCAGCGAGCAAGACCCACUCAUUUUUGGGAAAGUGGGUCCAAAGAAUUUUGUAGGCCUUGUAGGCCUGAAUUAAGGCUCAUUUUUCAUCUACUAAAUCUUCAUUGUUUGAAAAACAACCACUACCAAUUAAUUAAUUAAAAGUAAUUAAGACUAACCAGAAUUGCGCUACCUAAAUCCAUUUCAAAUAUAAUAUCCUUUCCUGUUUUUAAGGAACUGAACUUAAUGCCAUUGUUAUUUUUGGCUGAAUCCCACUCCUACUUAGCAAAGCAUGGGCAAGGGUGUCGUUGUGUUCUUUUUUUGCAGCACCAAUGCAAAGGGUAGUUACAAAUUAUAGUUUAAUAUUUCUGGUGUUUUAAAAAAAAAAAAGUUUUAAAACUGGACAUAUUACAAACCUUUGUUUUUCUUUUUAGCUAAGCAUGCAAAGUCCUGUCCUAUGUAUCUCACUGAUAUCCCAGUACAUACCUCCACCCAGCUUCCUAGGAUAAUAUGCCCACCAAAUUGCUAGAUUGAAGGUGCCUUGCCUUGAUCUCUGUAUACUGUACUUUCUCCUACAUGAACCUAGCAGAAAUCAAAAACAUUAUGAAAUUGAAGCCUUGGAUCAUAUUACCAGAAACAACAUCAACCCUUUGAGUUUGUCACUUGCGAACAAUUAAACCAACGUUGAGGAGGGAGGGAGGUUUAUAGAAUACCACAGAGAUGCCAUCGAAGUGUUACACACUUAGUCACAAGCUUUCAGAAGACUAAAAAUAUGGGUACUCUGUGUAUGCUUAGGAAGGUAUUUGUUUCUCAGAGAGGGCAAGAAGGACCAAACUGUACCUCAGUCUGGAAAAUUGUGUGACAAUGCUCUCUUGGCCUCUUGCUGUUACCUUGAUAGUUAAAGACAAAAAAAAUGGA